AGCAUCCUUAUUUUGCGUAUGUGAUCUUGUUGGGCAAACGAUGAAGAAAACAUGGCAAUGUUAUGAGUUUGGAGGCGAUGGAAACCUUUCUGAAGAGCGCGCGGUUGGACAAACUGUCUUAUCGCGCUCGUUUACGUCCCCGGUUUGUCGCGUGUGAACGAUGUACACCGCUGCUUUUGGAUCCCGCUGUUACUUUAUGAUGAGAAGAAGGGAGGUCCGGAGCAGAAAGAUCGAGCCUAACGGAGCACGGCUGACGGGCGGACCAAGCGCUGGACGCGGUAAACACACGGUCGCGUGUUGUGUGUCUGAGUCGGAGAGCUAAUGACGAGGACGAUAACGUUUGCCGGAGGCAGUCGCACAUCCGAGCUGAAAGCAGGUGGGCCAGAGAUGGGAAAUGACACCGCACUGCUCCAAAUUCAUCCGCUCGAGCGAAGGAGGAUAGCCCUGCAGGCGAAAUAUCUGUGUUUGGUAAACGCUGUUAUAACACCGUAAGACACACCGUUACACUGCGCUGCAUCCGACUCUCUAACAGUGCCAGCGUAGGUUUCUAUAGUUGGAGCAGGCGACGUUGUUUAUUUCUGAUUCAUCACUUUGCAGAAAUGUCCUUCACAAUGGAGGAUAAUUUGGAGUCGGGGUGGGUGGCUGUUCGCCCGAACGCGUUUGAGGAGAAGGAGAAGCAUAAAUUCGUCUUUAUCGUCGCCUGGAAUGAAGUGGAGGGUAAAUUUGCCAUUACAUGUCAUAACAGGACAGUGCAGAGGAGAAGCUUUGGCAGGGACCCUCUGGUGGAGGCGACUGGUCAGGAUGGGGACAAAACAAAAUGGCCCGAAAGUCCCGUCAGGGAUAAAGUAUCCAGGAGCCCUGGUAAAGGAGCCAGGGAGGCUGCGAUUAAAGGCGGCAGCCCCAAAACCAAGUCCGCGACGGCGACCAAACCAAGUCCUGUCAAAAUUCAAACUGUGAUUAAAUCUGCGGCAUCUCCUGUUAGUCCUGAUGCUGAGGUGUUGAGAUCGCUGAGGGAGGACCAACUGUCCCCCUUACUGGACUGCUUGGACCUGGAGGAGCUGGACAGUCUGAGCAGGGAGGACUGCAGCUGGGCCGGGCUCUUCUCCUUCCAGGACCUCCGGGCGAUCCACCAGCAGCUGUGCUCGGUGAACUCGGACCUGGAGCCCUGCCUCCCGGUGUUCCCGGAGGAACCGGCCGGGAUGUGGACGGUGCUGUUCGGCCCGGCGGAGGUGCCCGAGACCGAGAUGGACGAGCUGUGCUACAGUUUGCAGGUGUACCUGGGCCACGCGCUCGAUACGUGCGGAUGGAAAAUCCUCUCGCAGGUUCUGUUCACGGAAAACGACGACCCGGACGAGUACUACGAGAGCCUUAGCGAGCUGAGGCAGUCCGGGUACGAGGAGGCGCUCAACCGCGCGACAAAACACCUGCAGGAGCUGCUGGAGAAGCACAAGAACAUGGACAGCAUGGUGGAGCUGUUGGAGCUAUAUGAGGAAGAGGACCAGGCCUAUGGAGGUCUGCUGGAGGCCUCCACACAGCUGUACCAGUAUCUGCUGCAGCCUUUCAGAGACAUGAGGGAACUAGCCAUGCUACGCAGACAGCAGAUCAAGAUUUCCAUGGAGAAUGACUACUUGGGCCCAAGGCGGAUUGACUCUCUAAAAAAGGAGGACUCGGACUGGCAGAAGAAAGCUCAGGAGGCGGUCCUCAACAUCCAAGAGUUUACUGUAAAAUACUUUGAGAUCACUGCCAGAGCCCAGAAAGGGGUGUAUGAGCGUAUGAAGGUGGACCAGCGCAAGUUUGGCAAAUCGUCAUGGACAGCGGCGGUGGAGCGCAUGGAGAGACUGCGCUACUCCGUCGCCAAGGAAACCCUACAGCUCCAGAGAGCCAGGGAGAUCUGCCUGGAGCAGAGGAAACACACACUUCGAGAGGAGAUGCAGACUCUGUGUAGCAGUGAUGACGCGAUGGCGCUCUUAGACCACAUGGAGACACAGUACUACGAGCUCCAGCUCCAACUGUACGACAUCCAGGCAGAUAUAUUACAGUGUGAAGAGCUGCUCCUCACCGCCCAACUAGACAGCAUUCGCAGACAGAUGACAGAGCGUCAGGAUGAAGUGGUGUACUAUGACACCUUUGAAAGCGCAGACGAUAUUACAGAGGAUGAUACCGCAGAGAGGGAAGAGCUGCGCAGACUUCAGGUCAGCGCUCGACAGCUGGAGGCGAGAAGGGGGCGCAUCACUGCCAAGCGCUCCUACCUGAGGAACAAGAGGGAGAUCUGUGUGUCCAACCACACUCGGAAACAGCAGAAACGACAAACCAUCCAGAAAGACUCUAUAUCCCACCAGGUCUUACAGCUGAAAAAUGAGGAAGAGGAAGAUGAGGAGAGAAAGAACAGCAGAGUGAGUCAGGAGAGACAGAGAACUCUGGACAGAUUACGCACUUUCAAACAGCGGUACCCAGGUCAGGUGAUUCUGAAGUCCACUCGACUACGCGUGGCCCACACCAGAAGAAGAGAGCGAGGUAGGAGCAUGGAAAUGAGCAGCGUGAGUGAGAGGGAGGAGGGUGUAGACUCCGUUUGCGUCCAGGGCCAGCCGCUGUGCCUCAGCACCAGCGUGCAGACGGACCCCAGUCCCAGCUCCACGCUCACCACUCAGCCCGUCACGGCUCUCACAGCGUCCCUCCCUCCGCUGCCCGUCCCCAGCCCUGCUGAUUCCUCCUGUUCUCCCUGCUCCCUGUCCUCGCUGCUGGCUUCUCCCAUCUCCCCUCCUCCCCCACCACCACCGCCGCCUCCCCCGCCAACGAAGGAGGAGCUCUCGCCUACUGGGAGCCCCAGCCGGCACCGGAAGAAGGCUGAGGGGAAGAGCGGAGCGGAGGAGCUCCCUCUCUCCCCGCUUGGCCCGUUCAUCCCUCGUUUCUUUGAUAGCAGCCAACUGCUGAGCGCCCGGAAAAAGCUGAGGAAGACUCCCGAGUUUGACGCCAACAGCAGAAGAGUUAGCUCACCCAUGGACGAGGUGCUGGCCUCCCUGAAGAGAGGCAGCUUUCACCUGAGGAAGGUCGAUCAGCGGUCCCUGCCUCCAGCCAAGGGCGACGACGACCCCAACAGCAUCCUGGCUCAGAUUCGCAAGGGGGUCAAACUGAGGCGUGUCCCCCACAAAGAGAGAAAAGACAAGGGCGAGCUCCCGGCCUCCACCGACCCCCUGACCAGGAGCAUUCAUGAGGCGCUGCGCCGCAUCAAGGAGGCCUCGCCAGAUUCUGACUCGGAUGACGACGGGCUAGCCGGCCCCGACUGGGAAAGCUAGGGCUCGAGGCUCAGGCACAAACAAAUAACAUACAUAAACACACAAAUGCCUGCACCCUCUGGCACUGCACACGCUGUACUGUACUGCAAUGUAGAGAGCUGCGCUGUGCUGUAAACACACACACACAUUCACACACACACCUUCAGUUACUCAUUCAACUGACACUCACAGUACACACAGCCCAGUCACACAUGUACCUAGUGACUAUGCCAGGGCCUGAGACGCACCGAAUAUCACCAACUCACCAAAUGCUCUGAAGGUCUACGGUCAACCUGUUCAUUUGUUUUCCACAUUACAUUCACAGUUGUGAAGGACGUGAUUUAUGUUUUUAUUUCUACUGUAUGUCACUGUGGUUUUAUUCCUGUAAUCAGACUGUAAUGAUGCCAUGUUCAUUUUUUAUUUUUAUCAGUCGUACUGUUGAAAAGCUCUGCACUGGCCCUUUGUGGCCACAUGAAUAUUCAGAAACAGCACAUAACACAUUUUACACCAACACAUAGCACUGACAGUUAUUUGUGUAACUGAAAACCUCAACCUCAAAGUGGUGUUGAGCUGUUUGUGAUCUGUUCCGCCUGCCCUGAAGCAUUAGAAAUGAGAAACUGUAACUGUAAAGAAAAACAGUGGGUAUGGUUUGUAACUUGGGUUCCGCAAAUAGAGGAUUACGCAGAAAUUUGAACUGGGAUCACAGGAUUUAUGGUCCAGAUUUUAAACCAGUACACAGUCAAGCAUCACCUCUCGUCUACGUUUGCUUAAUGACUGAGCCGCACUUUCCUGAGCAGCUGGUUUCGUCCCGCCGCAUGUGGGCGUGGGAGUGUCAGACAGUAUAAAGACCGCUGCUUGUCUAAUCUGACGCUGCACAAAUACUUUAAGUCCUUUAGUCUGUCGCACCAGAUUCGCGCCCCACCCCCGUUCUUGUCCUCUUCUGGCCUUCACCCCCACCCCCCCCCUCAGCUCUCUCUCCGGGUGAGGAAAUAUGUAUCGACCCAUCUGUUCGACUGCAGCAUAUGGCCAGACUGGUGGGAGAUGCUGUAUGCGGAGUCGCUGUAGGUUUAUCAUUUGGUGCUGCAUGAAGCUGUACGCCCAGAGUAGAGAGAGGAUCAGAUCAGAGGACGGGUCAUCAGCAGAGCUGAUGCGAGUUCCUUUAGGGGAGUUGGAGGUCACAGUUACUGUCUGCAGUCUUUGUAAAGCGUGGGCAGACCCGGUAGGUGAUUCCCAAACUUCCUAUGUGCGAUACGGUCACGGCAGAGCUGUGAAACCGGUCACGCUUGUUUGAAUGAUGGAUGGCAUGUGGGAGGCUAGAUUCUCUCAGCACUGUAGGGAGCCACUGUGGGCUGUGGAGCGGGCGGUGGUGAUUGAUGCAGUUUCUCCUGCCAUCUUAUUUGCUUUCUCUCCUCUCCUCUCUGUUGCGUCUUUCCUAAUUUCUCUCUCUCUUUCCUCUGCACUCAGUGGGAAGAACCACGCAGCAGGAGGUCUGUUACUCACUGCGCUAGAAGUGAAAUCAUGCUCACGCACACAUGGACUCACGCACUAAACUCCCAGCUAACAUGUGCAGAAACAUUUUAGAGGCAAAGUGAGUCCACAGCCUCUACUCAUGACUCUUUCUUUCUUUUUAUGAUACAUAACACACAUUCUGAAUCACUUUAUCUGUACAGUAACAACAUUUUUUGUUGUUUUUUUUAAAUCACUGGUGAAACAUUAUAUCUUUAGUAGUUGAGUUUUAAGUUUAAAAGCACUGAACAUGUGGAAUUGGACCUAAAAGGGUGUGAUGGAAGGACAGUAUGAGGGGACCAGUGAGAUGCUUAGCAGCAAAGGAAUUCACACAAACAUACAUUAACAUGAAGCAUAAAGAUGUGGAUUCAUAAACUAAGCUCUUGAGCCUGGAGCAGCCUCAGCAUGCACUGUCUUUAACAGCUCUGAUGCAAAGAUUUGUGCUUUUUUUUUUCCUCAGUUGUGCUUGUGUUGAGAGCCAUUUGUAGAUUAAUCAUGAGACAGUGUAGAACAGAACAGGCGUGGAGGUACAGUAUAUGUCAUUAUACAGCUUGAAAAUGGCUCAGUGCUAAAGAGGGUUUUAUUAUUUUUCCCGGCAGAGCAAAUCCGAGGCACUUUUACACGUCUUCAGUCACUGUCAGCACAAUGUUCUUCCAUGGUACCUUCAUCAUGUAGCAUGAGAUCUAACCCUGACCUGGACCACGCCUGACUUCAUGUCACAAGAAGUGACUUGGGGGCGCAAAGUUUCCCAAAAGAUGUAAGUACUAAAGUUUAUGUCGCUCUGCUAAAACAAUGACCAACAAUGUGCUCAAAGCUUUUGGGAAACCGGGUUCAGAAGGAGACACCUUUGCCAUGAACUAACUAUCACCUUGGAAACACACUGUCAUGCAUUUUACACUGACCUUUAUGUAUAAAUAACCUGAACACAGCUUGUUUGUCAGCUAACUGUAAUUCUUGCAUUGCAUUUCAUUGCUUUGUUUGUAUCCCGUUUUUUUUUCCCAGAAGCAUUUCCAGCCAAAUUGUUUUGUGAUGUGUUUGCUUCUUAACAUUUCCUAUGUAAUCCUGUUACCCACACAGGCUGACUAUAUAUGACCCUCUGUCUGAAUAAGCAGUCACUUGAGAAGUGCAAUAUCAGCAUAGAGAAAUACAAGGAAAGGGAUGAAACAACUUCAUGAGUUCAGAUUUGAUUGCCUAAAACAAUGGACUUAUUAAAGAUGGCAGUUGUUUUUACACAGUAGUGUAUAGACAUACUGCUCCAAGAUACCCUUUUGCCUUUAGUCCUAGCAUUUUCAUUUAUUUUGUUCUUUUUUUUAAUUUAUAACCUUCUCGCCCCUGCAUUUGAAUAAAACCUUGUGAAGCAAA